AUGUCCGGGCAUCUCAACGUCCUCCAGGCGAACGUCAACCACUGCGCUGGGGCCCAGGACCUUUUCUUGCAGUCCAUGGCGGAGUGGUGUGUUGACGUCGCGAUUGUCGCCGAACCAUAUGCUGUGCCUUCUUACCCACACUGGGCGGGAGACACCGAGGGCUUGGUGGCGAUCGUGGUGAGGCCUGGAGCUGGACCCCCCCUUGUCAUCAAGGCGAGGGGACAUGGGUAUGUGGCUGCGGUUCGGGGGGAGGUGGCUUUCGUCGGAGUCUACUUCUCCCCGAAUCGUGACCUGGCGGCCCUGGAACGGUUUCUCGACGUUCUGGGGCCGCUGGUGGGGCAGCUAGCUCCCCUUCAGGUUUUCGUAGCCGGCGACCUCAAUGCCAAGUCCACGACUUGGGGAAAUCCGGUUACGAACCCAAAAGGGAGGGAGGUGGAGGAGUGA